GAUCUCUCUCUCUCUCUCACACACACACGCCAGUCUUUGCAGGCGGCAAUUGGAUGAGAGGAAGCGAAGGCACAGUGAAGUUCUCGCUUCCUUUGCUCCUUGUGGUUCCAAGAAUCUCGUCUUUAAGAGUACAGGGUGGAAAUCUUCUUGAAAGCGAAGGCACAGCGAGGAAGACGUUGAAAAGGAUGGUGGCUUUGGUGUCUCGGCAUGGGAGGAGGCUGCAGCGGUACAGCUCCGGUCGCCGCCUCGUCGUCGGAUGCAUCCCCUACAAGUUCAAGGAGGUGGACGAGCCAGCGAUCGAGGUGCUCGUCGUAAGCUCUCAAAAGGGUCCUGAGCUUAUGUUCCCAAAGGGUGGUUGGGAGCUCGAUGAAAGCAUGCCCGAAGCAGCUUCCAGGGAGGCGUUCGAGGAAGCCGGAGUGCGUGGAAACUUGGAGGGCACGCUUGGCAAAUGGACCAGCAAGGGGGACGACAAGGUCCACUUCAUGUACGCGUUGAGAGUUACGGAGGUGCUGCAGCAGUGGCCGGAGAUGGACGCCCGAGAACGGAAGUGGGUGACCGUGGAGGAAGCAAGGGAAGUGUGCAAGCAUUCAUGGAUGAGAGAAGCAGUGGAUAAGCUGGCAGACCUUCUACCAAGUCCAAGUGGGCAAGAGAUGAACUCAGCAUAGCAUACUAACAUCACUGACCAUUAAAAACAGAACAUUCUUUUAUUUUAUUAUUCUAUCAUUAUUGUUAUUUAUCGAACAAUGAGUUAGGAUUCAUCUCAUCUACUACCUUAAACAAGGGAGGGAAGCUGCGUGUCAGUAGGAAAGUAUCCAUGUUGUUCUUCGGCAAAAAGCUUUGCUGGAUUGGUGUAUCUAUAUUUAAUGUUUAAAAGAAAUAGUGAUUCCAAUCAAAGAUUACAUAAUUUGUACA